UGCGGGAGUACAAGUUCCGUGAGAUAGAGACACGGUGAACACGAGUGGAAAAAGGAGCCACAUAGGUACCUGCCGCGGUGUGACUGAGUCAAAGAGAUGGUGGAAGGCGGGAAGAGAGAAAGAGAGAAAGAGCGACCGGCCUCUGAGAUUGCUCGAGGCAGCAUAGUCGAGCGUGGUCCAGUGUUCAUAAAACGAGCUCGUCUUGAAAGUCACAAAAGUUUUCCGAGGAUUUUAUGUUGACGCGGCGAUUUUUUCCGAAACGACGAAGCCUCGAAAGCGAAAACGUUUUAAAACGACAGCCAGGAGAGGAGAUAUACAGUGCAAAGUUUGACUACGGCCUUGUCCAUGUGAUCUGCUAGGAAUUAGUUCCUCUCGUGCUCUUGACGAGCAACUUGCUGAUCCGGUCGUGCGCAAAGGGACAAGCACGAGAACAAUGGGAACCAGAGCUGUUGCCGUUGCGGCGGCGGCAGGUGCUGCUGGGAUGUCUGGUGAGGCGGGAUUGGCUGGUGUACCAAGACUGCUGGAGGAUCUGGCGCGACUCUCUGAGGAUAAAGACUCGGCUGAUAUCGUGUUCCUGCUAGGAAGGGACGAGACCCCUGUCUAUGCUCACAGAAUAAUACUUCAAGCCAGGUGUAAGAACUUCACAGCCGCUAAAAGGAUCGGCACAGCCGGUAAUCCGACACCGGUACGAAUGCCACAUGCGCAUCCAGAAACGUUCCGCCAGUUUAUUCGGUACAUUUACACCGGUAUGAUAAUAUUACAAGAUAGUAGGAUUUUCGAAAUGCUGGGUCUAGCGCAAGAACUUGGUAUAGAAGAACUUUGGAGAAGUUGCGAGGAACAUGUGUCUGUUACCUUAAGCCCCGGAAACGCGUGUGCACUUUUAACCGCUGCUUUGGAGGCUCAAGAACGAGUUCCAGGUGGGAAAGCUGCUUGCUCAUCUUUUAUCGAGAAAUGCUUCGCUUUUAUCGGUGAAAAUGCCAUGGACACAGUGAAGACAACAGCAUUUUGCAAUCUUCCAAAAGAUGCUUUAGUAAAAUUGAUAUCGUCUGAUUAUCUCGGUUUGGAGGAAGAGGAUGUGUGGCGGGCGGUCUUGAAUUGGGCCAAAUAUCAAGCAGGAGUUACGCAGCCCACACAACACUGGACCGAGGAAGAGCGCAUGAGAGUAUGCCAGCACUUAUCCGGCGUAAUUAAUCACGUACGCUUGCUGUUGAUCGACAGCCAGGUGUUUGCGGAGGAGGUAGAGCCGACCGGUGCGGUGCCGAUAGAGAUGUCGUUGGAGAGGUACGAAUUUUUCAAUCCCGAUCGAUCGAGCGGCUCGAAAUUUCUAAGGUAUAGGUAUGCAGCUCUGCCGAACAAGUAUUCAGAGGUCUGCUCCGACAAACGACUGCAGCCGCGUGUUAGCCCGUUCCUCUUCCCGGGCUCGCAGAUUCUUUCCAGGGACAAGGUCGGUUUCCAGCGGGUCCUAAAUCAGUGGUACGGCGUAUCGAAACAGGGUUGGCGAUUGGUUUAUCGAGCGUCCACUCAUGGCUACUCAGCGGCGUCUUUUCAUCGGCAUUGUGAUAACGUUUGCCCGACAUACGUAAUAGUGUUGGGAGUGCGUGGCGAGAUAUGCGGAGGAUUCAGCGACGUUCCGUGGGGCAAAACUAACUCCAAGGCACAGUAUAUCGCUUCGGAGAAGAGCUUUCUUUUCACAUUGACAAAUAAUCAAGAUGUACCACCGACAAAAUUCGACAUCGUGAAAAAAUCAUUCGCGAUCUGCUAUCAUCCGGACAUAGGGCCGAUCUUUGGUGCCGGAGCUGAUCUACUUAUAUCGAGCAACUGUAAUGUCAACAAGGAGAGCUACAGCAAUCUCCCGCACAGUUACGACGGGGACCAUGCGUCUAAUCAGUUGCUCAUGGGAGACUAUCAUUUCUCAGUAAUUGACUAUGAAGUUUUUACCCCCAGUCAUCCUGCUCCCAAAUCCAAUCACUAAUUUAAUUACGGUGAUUCUAUCUGCCAUAUACAUUGCUUUUCUGUACCUAAUAAAUAUGUAGUGAUUUAUUCUCCGUCCAUGGAAAUUAUUUCAUAGUAACGUUAUUUGUAACGUCAUUACCAUUAUAAUUUUUUUUUUUUUUGGUAACGAUAAAAUGUAUAAUAACGAUGAAAGUAACGGCUGAAUUCGUUACCGUUCUGUAAAAAAUAUAACGACGUCACCGUUAACAGAAAAAUGUACCGAAAAAAAUAAUGAAAGCAAUAACGGCGUUACAAGCAACUCAUUACUUCCCAGCCUUAUAAGAAAAUAGCGGAAAAUAAAUCAUUACUAUCAAGUAAUGGUAGCGAUAACGAAUUACUUUUUGUAAAAAAUGUCUAACUUUGUUUCAUGUUACGCACCGAAAAGUAACGAUUAUUCACCUAUCAUGCAAAUCAUACUUUUAUAUUUAUACAUAUUUCAAAGCACCGACAUAAGCAAAGACUGAUUAUUUUUUAUUCCUUUCUAUUUUUAUAAUUAUAUUUUAUUUGUAUCAAAUAUGUACUUAUACUUUUUGUAACAAUUCUCGAAUAAAUGUCAAGUCUAUCUUUUCGAUA